AUGGAUAAAGAGGUCCUGCAGCAUGCUGUGCAGGAACAGUUUAAACCAGAUCACAUCCUGCGUUUUCCAGAUGCGAGCCAAAUCCACUUUAAUGAAGUCCAGAAAUUAAGACUGGAGUACAAAAACAUCCUGAAGAUUGAUCACUUAUGGGACUUCUCAUCUUUGUCCAAACUUGAGUUAAAUAACAAUGCUAUAGAGAAGAUCCAGGGACUGGACCAUCUGAUUAAUCUGACGUGGCUUAAUCUGUCAUUCAACAAGAUUGAGAAAAUAGAGGGUCUGGAGUGUGUGCAGAAGCUUGAAGUGCUGAAUCUAUCCAACAACAAAAUCUCUGUCAUUGAAAAUAUGGACGCACUUGAGAACCUAACUCAUUUCCUCAUUUCAAACAACCUAAUUGGACAGUUGGAUAAUGUCCUCUACCUCAGGAAGUUCAAGAACCUGGCAGCGUUCAACCUGUUUGGAAAUCCUUUCCUAAACGAGGGUGAUUACAGAUUUUUCAUCGCUGCCUACAUUCCAAAGUUGAUGUUCCUAGACUCCAGAAUACUUGACCAGAAGACAAGAAAGGAAGCAUCUAUCAAAUAUCACUAUGUCCUUGAGAAAAUGAGACUUGAAGAGCUGGAGCUACACCAGGCUGAUGAGGCUCGACAAAGACACGAAGCUGAGCUAAAAUUACACCGAGAUGCCUUUGUGGAGUUCCUUAAUGGCUCUUCUCUGUUUAGGAACAUGUUUAAAGAUGAUCCAAAAGCACAAACACUGCACUGUGCACCAGGAGUGGAUUCUCUGAUUCAAAGAUUUGAGCACCAAAUGGGGGAGCUCUGUACACAGUUAUUUGAAAGGGGCUUGGCUGAGCACAAACGAAGGGAGACAGAGGUGAAGUCUUUCUUCAGUUGCCAAGAAAAGGCUGUGACAGACUGCCAGGGGAAGGCAUCGCAGAUGUUAGCAAAGUUUAAUCAUGAACACAAAGAGAGGACAGAAGAGUUGCAGCAGUUAUCCGACCCAGAGGUACGCAAAGUCAAGAUUGACCACUGCAAUGAUGAAAUUAACUGGCUCUGUAAAAACCUCAUGACACUGGAGUUUCAGCUGGUCAGCGAGAUGGAGGAGAAGAUCAAAACUUUUGAGAGCAGCAUCUCAGACAUGGUUAGACACUUCAGUGAAAUCACGUUCUCCCACUGUCGAGAUCUUGAAGAUGACUAUUAUCAGAAGAUGCAAAUAGUUGCUGCUGAAAUCUUGCAGACAGUGGCCAGAGACGCCCGGAAGGAGGACUUGCCAGAUGAUGUUAUAAUGCUGUUUGAAGACAGAGAUGCAGUGAUAGAUGCACUGGCCACAGCCCACGAUAACCACCUCCUGAAGAUCAAUGACCGAGAGACUCAGCUGACUACAGGCAUCAGUGCCUGGAAGGAGGCCCUCAUUAAGGGGAUACGAGAUGAGGAACUGAAGCGGAACCGCAUGAACAUCUCAGACAUCCACAGAUACGUGGAUAAUUUGAGGGAGCAGCUGGAGGAGUUGAUAUAGUGGAAACCACUCGGCAGCCUCAAGAACACUUCAAAAACCACUGUCAGUGAAUACAGUUGUAUUCACAAAUGAGGGUUCAAACACUACCACUAAAAGAGAAAAAAAGAUACAGAGCAAGAACCUAUACUGAAAGGUUGCUGGUUCAGUUACAGGCAGAGACACAAAUCCACUUUGGGGAAAGGAAGGGCAUCUAUACAACCACCUCUGCUCACAACAAAGAAAACUGCAGUUCACUACAAACAAAUUCAGAUGAAGACAACAUCAAUUGCCCUGAAUUUCUCUAUAAAAGAUUCAUUUAUUGGUGAAAAGGCCAAAGUGACCAAGGAAAGAUAAGCAAAACGGUGGGGUGUAAACAAGGAAUCUUAAAAUCCAAAAGCCCUUGAAGAAGUGAAAAGUGGAGGUCGGAGGUCAAAGAAAAUUAAUAGAAAAUAAAGAGAAGAAAGUUAUAAGUGCAAAGCGGGAAGUGCUGAAUGUCAAGAAAGCACAGAAAGGGAAGAAAAGGAGAAAGCAGCAAGCAAAAAUACAAAACAACUGUUGGAAGUGCAGAAAGCAUUUGAAGAGGAGAAAAGUGUAACACAGAUGGCAAAAACGAAACUUCAAAACACAAAACGGGAAGCGGAAAAUGCCAAGAAAGAAUUACAGGAAGUCCUUAAAGCACUUGAAGAGGAGAAAAGUAAAAGGCAGGAGGCAACAAAUGAACUGGAGAAUGCAAAGAAGGAAGCUGAACAGCUAAAGGAGUUAUUGAAUGUCCAGAAAACACUUGAGGAAGAAAAAGGGGUAAACAGGAGGCAAGAAAUGAGACUGAAAAUGUAAAGAAGGCAUUGUACAAGCUCAAAAAGCACUUAAGGAGGAGAAAAAAAUGCAAGAGACAGCAAAAGCAAUGCAAAAUACAAAGAAUGGUGAAAAUAUAAAGAUCAAAUUACUGGAAGCCUGGAAAGCAUCGGAAGAGGAAAAAUGUAAGAUAAGAUAAACUUUUAUUAGUCCCACACGUGGGAAAUUUUGGUCAGUGUGCAAUGCAGUAAUGUAUUCAUAUGUUUGUUUGUUUGUUGAUGUUAUUUUUUUUGUCAGAGACUGUUUGCAAACAUCUCUUGCUUUCUUCCCCCUGACCCCUACCCCUGCCCCAUUUAUUCCCACCACCCUACAUCAUCCACUGAUAUUCCUGACUUAGGAAACACCCAAGUGGACAUUUUUACAAAGAACCAAAUGUACUGAUGAAGACAUCAUGGCCACAAGCUGCCUCAGACCAUCCACACUACACCCCCAUGUUUGACUGUUGUCAUGAAUAAACUAAUAUAUUGGUAUAAAUCAGAAAGGAGGAAAAUUGUUUUUCACAGCACUGUAAAUGAGCAUUAGUCUAGAAAAGACGGUGGUGUAUGUGAAUAACGUGUCUUCUUUUUUCCAUCAUGGAUGUUUAACCUGUAUUUGUGGACGGCACAGCAAAUUAUGUUUUUUUUGGAAGCGUUCCUGAGUCCAUGCACUGGAAUAGCACCUGUGUGUAAUGCAGUGAUUUUGAGCCUUGUCUCUUAGGCAGAGAUUUUCUCUGAAUCUUUUAAUGAUUUUAUGUGCUGUAGAUGAAGAGAUAUUUAGUCUUUACAAUUGCAUGUUAUGGAACUGAAAUUGUUACACAAUUUGUAUACACUGUUUUUUUUCCAGAUUGGUGAG